AUGCUCCCCAGCCCUGUCACCUAUUGCUCCUGCUGGGACCCCUGGAACGUAGGACCACGGAAGCUGAUCAAGACCCUUCAACCACCACGCAGGAACCCCCCUGGUCAGACCAAGCUAACUCCUCUUCCACCAGCUCCAAACAAGCACGGUUACCUCCAACCGACAAGACCUGCCGUCUUCCCAAAAGUGAAGAUGCACUUAGGAAGACAAGAGGAGAGCCAUAAGCUGUCCUGUGAGGUGAUCAACGUGUCCCCUGGCUAUCAAAUCAUUCGGAAUCCGGAGCAGAUUUCUGUCACCUUAGGAGACGAGAUGUUUGACCAAAAAAAGCAGAUGGAGUCAGAGAUCCUGGACAAAGUCAACUUUGCCAGGACUGGCAUCAUUUCUGACCUAGAAGAGCAGAUCUCAGAGCUGACAGCAAUCAUAGAACAAAUGAACAGAGACCACCAGUCUGCCCAGAAAUUGCUCACCAAUGAAAUGGAUCUCCGCUGUGCUGAGAUGAAACAGAACUUUGAAAAAAAUAACAGGGAGCUCAAAAGGACGCACGCAGCUGAGCUCAGUAAGUUGGAGAGCAACUGCAAGGCAGCCUUGAAGGCAGAGAAGUUGGCUGCCCAAGAGAAGCUAGAGGAGUUGGGGAAGGAAUAUAAGUAUUUGAAGAAUAUGUUUCAUAUGUAUCAGGACAGUAUUUAUGAUGAAAUGGAAGAUAAGUGGUCAAAGUGGAAGGCGGAAUGGGAGAACAGUGAGAAGCUGGAGCGGGAGAAGAUCCUGCUACAGCAAAAAAAUCAGAUGACAAAAAAGUUUGAGUUAGACUCAAAAGAAGAAAAGAAGAAAAUCAAUGAAUCCUACAAUGCAGUCUUUGAUAACUUCAUUCGAGAGAAGGAGGAGCUCUUGAAACAACAUGAAAGUGACACCUUGCAAUUAGAGGAGCUGAAAAAGACCAAAGGGGUCAUGGAGGAAGAGUUGCAUGCACAAGCUCUUAUCCUAGAGUCACUUAACACAAACCUCUACCAUACCCAGUUGGAACUCCAGAAAGAAAAAACGGCCGUGGGGAAUCUGGAGAAAACAUUACAGACCAAGCUUGCUGAAGCUGAAGAGAAGUAUAAGUACACCAUACAGAUCCUGACGGAAGAGAACAUUCACCUAAGGCAAAAGCUAAUUGCCAAGAAUGAAGAAAUUUAUGAAGGACGUUCUGAGAAGUUGGCCUCUACCACUUCUUAUGAGUAUACUUUUGACAUUCUAGAAGAUGAUAGUCUCAAAGAUCAAGAAUUAUAA